UUGAGUUGAACCACAUUUAUUUGAUGAAUCUGUUCCCUUUGUCCAUGUUUCCCAGUAAAUGAGGAUUUUGUUAAGAUAUUUCAGUGGAUGUUGUGGAUUUAGACAGAGGUUAAUAUUGCUAAUAUGAAGCCUAAACGUGUAUUUUAAAAAGAAUACCUGUUCCCACUUGACAGCUUUAAAAAAAAAUACUUGUUUAUCAGAUGUCUUUUGACUCAAAAAGGGAACUUGUUAAGACAAAGGCUACACUUGUUUUUGUAAACAUUAAGAAAAAAACAAAAUAACAAGGACCAAAACAAAACAUUUGAAUACAAAUACCGUAAACAAAGAUGUCCAAAGGAUAAAGAUGAUUGGGGAUGAGUCAUGACAUGAAAUGGAGUUUAUGACUUUAUGUAAUGCUUACGUGGAGGGAAAGUUAUUUGACUGUUCUUAUCAAUUUUUUAUGUCAUAAAAUAAAAUGAGCUUGUCAUGCAUUUGAAUUGUUUUUUUCUUUCUACUUGUUAUAGUUUCAGUUUCAUAUCAUUAACAUUUAAGGUGUGCCUUAAAUGUUAACCUGAGGGCAUUCAUUGCAAUACCUUAUUGUAGUAGUUCUAACUUGUGUUUUACCUGAAUCACCUUUAUUGGCCACGUAUGUUUACUCACAAGGAAUUUGACUUCAGUGAACUGUGAUCUCUUAGUUUGAAUAAAGGUAUAUAACAUUAAAUAUCAACAAUAAACACAAAAUAAAGACUAAUAUGUACAAGAAUAAAUAAGACAAUAGUUACAUUUCAAUACCAACUUUAAUUUAUAGAAAACAUUACAAUUCCUGCCUAUCUGAAAUUAUACUUAGUCCUUCUUCAACCUUACAUCAGCUAAUCAGUCCAUGUGAUAAUACUCUGGAAGUCCUGUGUUGUGAUUAUGUGAUAUAUUCCUACUAUCAGCUGUCUUUUUUCUUUGAUUUAAGAGACUAAUAGUCUUAACUUGUUUGUCAGUGCAUGUUACGUGCCCGUUUUAGAAUACGUCACGUUGAGACAUCGAAAACGAAAGUUAUUAAGUCAGAGAAGAAGGGAAACGAAUGUUAAAUAAAGUGGGCGUGUCGAUCAGCUGCUGGUUCCAUAUAAACAAUGCUGAGUUCAAACCUGUGUCACAGCUGCUGCUGAGCAUCGUCUGUUUACCUGUCAGCGUCUCGAGACUUUUCUAGAAGUUUCCCUCAGGAAUUUUACAAGUUAACAAAAGGCUGCAUAAAUCAUGGAAAUAACUAUCGUUAUGCUGAGUGGUGAAUCCCACAGCUUUCGGGUGAACCCUAACGACACGGUGGGCGCUCUGAAGAAACUGAUCCAGGACAAACUCGGGGUUAGUUCUGAGAGACAGAGGCUGGUCUAUGAAAACGGACACAAGACUUCUCUCAACGACGACUUGAUGCCUGUGAGCUCAUACGGCCUGCAGAACGGCUCCCGGGUGUCUCUGAUCGUCACCGGGUCGCCGCCGACCAUCCAGGUGUUCCUCAGAAACGAAAAGGGGAAGUCGUCCACAUAUGACGUCACACCGGAGGAGACCGUGAGCGACUUCAAGGUCAAAGUCCAGAGGAGAGAGGGGGUCGCGGUGAGCCAGCAGAGGUUGGUUUUCCAAGGCAGAGAGAUGGCGAGCGGGAAACUUUCAGACUACGGCGUCACAGAGCACAGCACCAUCGACAUGAUGAUGCGUCUGCGAGGAGGCUGAGGACACCUCUGGUUUCAGCAUGUUAUUUUACAUGAGCUACUAUUUAAGUUUAUUUAAUACAAGUG